AUCAUUUUUAAUUAGAAUAGGUGAUAUAUAUCUUUGGACAUUUUUGUUAGCAUUUAAAGAAUAAUAACAAGACAUGGAUUUUUACAACAGUUCGCAGGGUUCCGAUUACAUACAAAAGAUCUUAGGCCUAAAUAAGGAUUCCAAUACUUCCGUAUCAAACCCUCUAUUGACUUCUUCAUCUUUACAACCUGUUCCUGUGUCUAUACUGCCCACCCCCUCUAUGCCACUUGUUUCUACUUUACUUUCAAAUUCCCAACCAACCUGCUUUGAUCGCAUUCCCAAAACGAUGAAACGCCUAGUUCGGCUUGCCGUCUCUGCUUUCCAUGGACUCGAACAGGGUGUAGUCAUUGAUCAACUGAUACACUACCCUUGUUUGCGCGAAGACCAUCUUUCCCAACUUGUUAGGUUUGAACGUAAAGCCCUUCGCACUGCACUCGCACCUCUCAAGGCGGAUCGAUUUAUCAAGUCCCAAAUGCGGCUUGUCACCGAUCGUGAUUCAACUACUGAUCCUAUCAUAGCCCCUAUUUCCGAAACGCUUCCUCAUCCAAACUUUAAAAACCAGCAGUUUACUUACUUUUAUAUUGACUACCACGCAGCACUAAACGCAGUUCGCUACAAGCUUGAUGCAGUUGCGGAGGCCCUUGAACAGGAGGAACGAGCUGCCUCUAUCCGUUCCACAUUCGCUUGUGGAACUUGCGAAGCCUGUUACACGGACCUCGACGUUGAUCAAUUGUUUGACUCGGAAAGUGGGGAACUAUUUUGCCCCGCCUGUGAUUCUAUCCUGCGCAUGCUUGGGGAUGAGCCCAUCCUAGAAACCAAUCAAAUGGCUAAAGGGUCUGCACCUUCUUUAACUAAAAGAGAGGCUCGUAAGAUGAUAACCCUUUUCAACACUCAGCUGGAACCAUUAUUCUCUUUGCUACGUAAGGCGGAGAAUGUGGUACUGGCCCCCCAUUUGAUAAAGCCUGAACCCGUGGAUAUCGACAUUGACAAUCUCGCAAACGCCGUCUCCUCUUAUUCCUCUGCUUCCGAUCUCGGCGGAAAUAUCGAUAUGGCUAGUAAUAAUCAGCAAAGGAUAUGGAAAAAUAGUGCAAAAAAAUAUGUCGGGGCUGAAUACGAAUGGUACAAAACCGGUGGUAUAACCAUAAACAUCCAAACGGAAACGGACCCAGAUUUGAAUGAUGAUAUUGCCUCUUACUGUAACUCGAGUAACGAGCCGAAUUCGACUCGAACCAGAUCGGACGUCGAAAAAAUUGGUCAUAAUCGAAGUAAGAUUCCAGUUUGGCUUGCGUCGGAUACCUCUAACGUUAUGGGACAGUACCGAAAACGGCUGUUAUCGACUGAGGAUGAACAAAAUGAUAAGAACUUGCUUGUAAAAUCCUUUAAAAAAAUUGCUCAUUUGGAAUCUUCCACGGUUGAUUUAGACAAAAAUAACGAAGUCGACAUGGAAAGAGGUAUCACCGAAACGCUACUCAUUUACGAAUCAAAAUCGUUUGCUAGUCAGCAACCUGAUAAUAACAUCCUUCCGACGUCCGCUGAUCAAGGUGACCAACUUGGGGCUAUAAAUUCUACCAACGAUCAUCAACAUUAUAACGAGGGCUUGAACGAUGAUUCAUAUAAAAUAGAUAUACAUAGCAAUUCACCGGAUCUCAUAAUUUCAAACACUUCUCGAGAAAUGUUUAAAGGCGGUGGCGAUUCCCUUUCACAUGCAACCUUUUUGAAUUCUUCCUUAAUGUCACCCGACACUAUGAUGGUUGGUGACGUUCAAGUCAUUCUUUCUGAAAUCGGUUCUGAUUGGUUAAUGAAAAUGACAGCACACGAAAAAGAAAUAUAUUAUAAAUUAUCUAAACUGAAAUUCGAUUUACUUUAUGACUAUUAAAUAUAAAUACCUUUU